AUGGCGCAUUUGUUAACAAGCACAGAGAUCGAACAAGAAUCUAUGGCUCGAAUAACCGUGGAGAGUCUUCAAUGCCAGAGUGCGAAUGCAGCUCUUGAACAACUUGAUCGUGAAGAUCACACUCUAGCCGCCUCUCCGUUGCAGAUUUUCUCACGGGGACCCUUCGGUGUUUUGAAUAUUUCCUCAGACAACAGCCAGUCGAUCGGCAACGUGGAAUCGAACCCAAGUCCCGCCAUAACCACAAGCCCGCGACAAGUGAUGCCAUGGCAAAACAUAAUGGUCUCUCAACUCGAAGAUGCUCCUCCUGGAAUUUGGACACCAGAGUCAUGCACCCCUAGCCCUCAUGAUUAUGGACUGGCUCCUUCGCCGAAUCGAAGCUCGACUUCUGAAAUAGCGACCAUGGUUUAUUCUAAGAACAAUCGAGAAAAGAACAUUUCAACAUUGGAUUCUCUCAAUACUGGCCCUUUCUCAAUCACAUCGCUCACCACAGCGACUCCAAGAGAAGUUUACGCCAUGCCGGAGCGAGCGCCACAGCUUAUCCGUUAUUUCAAAUAUCAAGUUCGCUCGCUGUCAUACCCCCUCAAAGGCAACAAGCGGUGCCCUUGGCAGACGAUCCACCUCCCUAGAGCCGAGAAAGCAUAUGCGGAGCUUUUACUUCAUCAAACUGCCAGUAAUACCGGGAUUUCUCUUUUCUACUCCCUCCUAGCUGGCAGCUGUUUUCAUCUCUCGUCGAAAGAAGAUCACAGCCUAGAUUACGAAAAAGAUGGGAAUGAAUACAAGCAGCUUUCCCGUCAUUAUCUGGAACAGAGUAUCAAGCAAGAGAUUGCUUCAGAAGAAAAAGUGAAAUACAAGGAAUUGCUGAUGGCCCUGUUAUCAACGGUGAUGCUUGAGAUUCGCUGUGGAAAUUAUACCGACGCCCAAAACCUUCUGGUAGAAUCCGAAUGCCUGAUUCGAAAACGAGGCUUACCAAAAGCCCACAAGUCACUUAAAGUUCGCAUCCUGCAUCACGUCUACACUUAUAUACGCAUAAUGGCCGAAAGUACCUGUGGAUGUGCUCUCAUGGACAUAUGUCCUAUGCGACCCAGCGCCAGGCUCGCGUCAAACGAAGUAACCUUCAGUUCCUUGCGGAGUUUUCGAGUGGCAGAUGAUAGCACAAUUUCCGACCUGAAUGCAACACUUGAGAAGGCCUUCCAUGUCGGCACCAAUGACAUUCAUCUGGAGAUACUGGGGGUUUGGAAGGAAUCACUUUUCCAGGAGAUUUACGGUCUGCCAGAGUCUUUGGUCGGCCUCUUAUCUCAAACCAUUAGACUCGCAAACGAGCAAGAGCUUCUGCAUCGGGAUACCACCAUUAAUAUUGAUCUUGUCUUGACCUUGAACAAACGAACAAAGACACUUGAGUAUCAGGUCCUUUCUUGGAGAGCAGACUUGGAAUUGUCGGGCUCUCGAGAAGAUCUGCCGCCGACGAAUCCUCAAUAUAUGAAGGUAAAGGCAGAAAUUUGUUUGAGUUCAGCUGUGCAUCAAGGUUUGAUUCUCUUCUACUACCGACGAAUGCACAACAUGAAUGCUUUGAUUCUCCAGGACACGGUUCGAAAGGUGCUCGGGUUCAUCAGAAAAAGCGAGAAUUAUUGUACAUCAAAAGACCAUAUGGAAGCUUCGCUACUUUGGCCAGCAUUUAUUGCAGCAUGCGAAGCUCUGGAGCCGGAAUUGCAAACUGGUCUACUUGACUGGAUCUCUUCCACUGGAGCUCGUACUUCAAUACCCGCUUUCACCGCCGCUGCAAAUGUUGUUCAACGGGUGUGGAAAUUGCGACAAGAAGGGAUGGACUACACAAUCAGCUGGUUCAACGUUAUGGACCAUGAUCGCUGCCCUAUUAUUGCUGUGUGA